ACCUUUAACUUGUUUUAACGUAGUGUGGUUGCCUGUUCACAAUUGUGAACGAUUUUAGUACUGACAGGGAUACCAGGCGCUUUUUGUGGAGGUUACCGCACAAAUUAUCUGCUCCGGAUUUGAUUUCAUUGCGAGGCGUGGGUCUACACCUUCAUUUGAGCCAAGCUCAGCAACCAGAAAACCAGAUGCAUCUGUGUAACGAGAUUUUAUUCAAUACAGUUCAAGAGGAACCUCAUUGACGCCAUGGAAACAUAAUGAUGACAGACUCGCAAGCUUCCGCCCAGACGGUACUCUGUAUUCUGUCGAUGCUGACCAAGACUACUAACAUCUCUUGUAACAUUGUGUACAUCUGUUUAUCUCCAACUCAAGUCUACAAAAAUUGUCGACACCACCUGCAAGGUCCUGAUUGCUGGCGUCAGGGUAACAGAUAAUUAAUUACAUUCUCUCUAUUAUUGUCAUCACAACUCAGCCAUAAAUCCCGUGCAGCUUUCAAAGGUGAUCGAGAUAUCUUUCUCAGACACCGGAGGUAGAAAAUGGCUUCAGGAAAUACCCAGAGUCGCUCCUCCUUGAUCAAGAAAUUGAAAGAUCGAACCUACCUGGUCACGGUCUUCCUAAAAAGUUGUGCGGCUGGACUGAUAACGGCCCAGACUCAGUACAUCUACAGCAGAGUGACUGAAAGUUAUAUGGAUGAUUUGCUGAUACUGAUGAGGAACAGCACCGAAAGCCCCACCUGCGGGUCGACCUUUUCAAACACCUCCAGCCCAGCCUUCUACAAGCAGUUGGAGAUUGAAGCAGAAAUUAGCACUGAUGCGGCUCAAUGGUCGAUGUACCUGAUGAUGGCAAAUCUCAUUCCACUGAUUAUACUCAUUCUUCUACUGGGGUCUCGCUCUGAUCAGGUGGGACGCCGUUUCAUUUUUCUGGUGAAUCUCAUCGGCUCUGCUAUCAAUGGCAUCAUUUUCAGUUUCGUCGUCUACUACAAGCUUCCCCUCUAUGCUCUUGCAAUAGGGAGUGCAAUCGAAGGUAUGGCAGGCGGAAUGUUCGGCACGGUGAUGGCAUCCUUCUCUCACUCCUCCGAUCAGCACAACGAAGACGUAAGUGCGGAGGAUACGAUAGGAAGACAAGAAGAAAGUCGCAACAACCCUGAGAAAAUAAAUGCAGAUAAUUUCCCAGCUUCUCAUAGUCACGCCAUGUCUCCCGAAACCAAUAAUGGAAAUAUCGACACGAUGGCCCCGGAUUGCAAGCCUCAAGGAGCUGAUGACAUGGAAGGAAAGAAUACGAACAAGGACCCCAGGAAUGGAUUCAAACCAACCGAAACGCACGUGCCGGACGUUAACAGAUCUGUACGUCUUCUGGCCAUCGAGAGCCUUUCUCUCAUGGCUUUCGGUUCCUUGCAGGUGGUCAAUGGCUACAUCAUCAAAUAUGGAGGUUUCUUCUACCCAGCCAUCUUCGCCACUGGAAUCCUGCUUGCUGACAUCGUCUUUACCUUUUUAUUCCUUGCCGACUCGGAGAAGCAAGUCAGAGCCGAGAGGACAAGGAGCGUUUUCGAACCGCUGCGGAUUGUUUUUCGAGCAGUACGACAGCCACAGAAGCUUCUGGCUUUCGUCCUGUGUAACCUGGGUUUCAUGCUGGUCAUCUUUGGUGACGGAGGAAUGUUGCGUACUCUAACAAUCUACCAGAUGAGUCCGCCACUUUGUUGGGGUUCGCUGGAGCUCGGGUGGUUCACUGGUGCAUUGUAUUUGAGUUCCAUUUUGUCUGUUCCUUUUCUCAUGCUGCUCAAACGCUUGAAAUUCUCGGACCCGGCCAUGGCGGGUAUUGGGUUACUGAUUGCAGCCCUGGUUACCGCGAUCUACAUAGCAGCUGAGAAUAAUGGGUGGAUAUUUUUCUUAGGUGCCGUGCUUAGCAGCCCUGCGAUGCUGCCCUACGCUCUGACCAGGACAAUAACAUCUCGACUGGCAGGUCCUGAAGCCCUCGGGUCUCUGUUUGCGACCACGGCAUUGUUCGAGCAGAUCAUGAUUCUCAUAGGGUUAGUAUCAGGUACGAGAGUGUAUCAAAGUACACUAACGACGUUUCAUUCAGCUGUCUUCGUCUUCUUCAGCCUGAUUUUCUUCGUCGCCUCGUUAAUAUACUUCACCGAAGCCAUCAUAGACCGUCGACGCAACCUGCGGCGUCAGAAGGUCCUGACUGCUGGCUUCCAGUCUUAUGGCACAUACACACGCCCACAGAGGAACACAAUCAAGCCGGGAAAUAAUUGCUACUAAUUUAGCACUACUGUUCAAGAAAAUGUUUAAAAUGUGUUACACUCGUGAAUUACCCAGGACUCGCAGCUAAUUAAGGCAAAUUGCAGCAGUUUAGAAUGGUGUUCUAGUUCAUUGUUUGUUUUUUUCUGUGAUUAGAAUCAUUCUAAAUGCACGACCUGCAGCAAAAUUGUAAGCAGAUAAGGGUACCUUACUUUGAUAUUGUAUUAUUAUUGUGCAUGUAUCGAGAAGAUUUUUGUUUGAUUAAAGCAGUUUCACUGAUACACACUUCGACACUUUUGUUUUAUGGUUAGCCCUGGUUCUGUAGUCCGACGUGCAGCAAGUUUAUACUAAAUGAUACUAAAUACUCUGAUACUAAAUAUUGUACAACUACGAUUUUUGAUUUCUGGAGUAGUACUGCCAGAAGAUGGCAGUCAAUCUAUGGCAAAAUAAAAUGACAGUCCAUUGAUAUAUGAAUCCGAAUCAAAC